AUCCACUCUUCCAAAAGCGGAAGAAGUGGAAAACAUGCUUCACUUUUGACAUUUUUAUUGCUUUAAUUCUUUUGUUUAUCUUUUUCCUUCACUAAAAUGUGUCUUAGUCGCUAAAUUAAUACUCCUGUAACCGAGCUGCAACCAUGUCCUCCGCUGAGCUCCGGAGGGAGGCCCUGGAGGUGGCUGUGAUCCCUGAAAACCCCCUCGGUCCUCGGGCAGCGGACAUCCAGAGGGCCGAGCUCGCUCCCGGGUCCUCUCUGCUCGGAUGUGUCGGUGUGAGCGGGACUCUGGAGCUAUGGGACCCCGCAGACAGAGAGGCCAAGCCGGUGCAAGUGGAGGGACGCUUCAGACAUCUCCAGUGGGAGGAGGGGGGUUUCUACAGCAGCUUUCCCAGGAGCAACUCCAGACUUCUGGCUGUGAGUUCACAGUUUGACCUAAAACUUUUGGAGGUGUCUGUUCGCCCGGGCUCUGUCUCUGUUCUACGUGUGGGUGAAUAUUCUGCUGAAAAUUUGCUCCAGGCGAUAAAGAAGGACCACAGUGUAUCUGAGUUCCAGUCCCUCCAUGUUUUAUCUUGGAUUUCUGGUCUUUGCUGUGUUCUGAUAAACUCUGAGUGGAUAUUGCAGCUUCAGUGGCAGCAGACAGAGGAGGAGCCAGAGAUCGUGUCCUGUUUAAGAAUCCAACAAAAUGUCAGAGAGAGCCAGACUCCGGUUCAUCACUGUGUCUGCAGAGGAGCGCUCUUUACCAUCACAACCAAUGGGCUCAUCUCGGUCUAUGCUCUGUCUGAUGGAUCUCUCUUGGCCUCUGUGGACCUGCCUUUGUAUCUGGACUCUGGACUGGAGGAUGAUGACUUGUCCUCAUCUCCUCCUCCCUCACUCUCUCCUCCUGCUUCUUACGUUCUUCUCCAAGUGUCCUACGACUUGAGCACUGCUGUGGCCGUCACAGACACUAACACCGCCACGGCCAUCGACCUAAACCACUACUUCAGGGUAUAUCCAGGGCAUUUGCUGUGUGCGCGGAGCCCAGAGAGACCCUCACUGCAGCCUCCGGACGCCAGGGACCAGGAUUCUGUGACCUGCUCCAAACACUGCCUCUCAGCCCUGGGACUGGCCUUCAGCACCGAAUGCUCUUGGGAGUCUCGUCUGGCCUCUAUGUACAGUGCGGCCCGAGACAGUCCACCUCCUCCCUCCUCCUCCAGCGCCCUCUGGUGGUCCUCACUGCCUCACUUCAGCUCGCAUCAUGCAUCACUGCCAGACCAAAGCAGAGUCUCUCCCAGAGGCCUUACUUUGUCCUUCACUGUCCCUGAUGCCUGCUCUCCACACCUUCUCAUUGUAUCUGAGUUUUCCGCUCUGCUCACCUUCAUCGCCCCGGGUAAAGCUCAAACCACUGUUGCAUUAUGGGAGUUUGAGUCUAGGAAAGUGAGCUACCACACGGCAGAGGGUGAGGCGGCUCCUGUGCAGCGCUGUGAAGAGAAACAACAUGUACUCCUGCUGAAAAGUUCCGGUCUGUUCCAGGUCCUGUUCUCAGUUUCACAGCAGGACUUACUCAGCAGGUUGAUGCUGUUCGGCAGCGCGGCCACAGUGGACGCAGUUUGUAAUUUGAACAACUGGGGGCGCUGCUCUAUCCCCAUCCACUCCCUGGAGGCUGGGCUGAAGAACCGUCAGCUAGAUACAGUGGAUUUUUACCUGAAGAGUAAAGAAAAUGUCCUGAGCCCAUCUGAGCAACCAACAGGAUUUAGCGCCAGCCUCACAGAAAGAGUGCAGCAGCUGUGUCCGGCUUUAGACCUGUUGUGUUCUUCUGUGCGAGACUCGAACAGUGAGGCUCAGAGUCGACAGUUUUCUGAACAACUCCUCCACAUCACCCUGAGCUUCCUGCACUCCCAGAUCAGAGCCCUGCUGUCUGACCAGAACAGUGAUAGUGCAGAUGUGCAGAGCUGUGUGGAGGUGCUGGACCAGUACUUGACCCACCUCAGGGGCUUCAUGAAGAGGUUCCCCUGGUCCAGUUCUGGCUCUGGGUGCAGGAGAGAGGAGAGCACUGCUGACGAAUGGGACCAACUGCCCACACCGGAAUUGGUCCGUGCCUCUGUCCUGACCAAUCAGAUUCCUCGAGCUCAGGCGGUUCUGAGGCGAAGGGGCCAAUCAGAGCACAGAUUGGCUGACGUGAGGAGGGAGGGGCUGGGGCAGGUGUACUCCAGUCUGCAGCAGAGAGACCUGGGGACGGCCAACGCUCUUCUCGUUAACAUGGGUUUCAGUGUGAAGAAGCAGCUCCACAGUAUUUGCCUGCACACAGACAACAAAGAGCUCCGUGAGUUUGUGGUUGAAGAGCUUUUGAGGAGAAAUUAUUUUACCGAAGAAGAAGCCAAAAGUCUCUCCUUCAUCAGAGAAAUGGAGCGACUGGGGUCACUUCCUGUCACCCAGUGUCCAUUAAAGACGCCAACUCCAAGAGCUUUACACAUGGUUCACACUGCAGAGACCAGUGAAGACGUUCUAAAGGAUCUUGUGGUACAUCGACGGUUUGAAGACUCUGGUCUGUGGGUCAAUGUGAGGCUGGACUGGGUCAAAAACUGGGAGCAAAGAAACCAAACUGAAAUCCUCCUGUCUCGUCUCAAACACACAGAGAUGACUUCCUGUGACGCGUCCGUGUUGUGGCGAUACUUGACGUCUCUCCACGCUGAACAGAGGGUGGUGGAGUGGGUGCAGAGCGAUGGUGCCCCCCAGUGGCCAGAGUUAACCCCUGAACUGGUCAACCACAGCACAGCCUGCAGCACCUUCAUGAAAGAGGACAUACUGGAUCGACUGGCGAGGAGGGGUGUGUUCAUCCCAGAGGAGUUGUGUGAUUUGGAGCGUCUGCUGUGGCGUGUUGCUCAGAGUGAAGGGGUCAUGUCUCAGUCCAGUCUGCUCCCGUUGUACCGCACUUCCCAAGGUCUGGACUUCCACAGCGUCUUCAUCACCUUCUGUUUGGACCACGGACUCAAGUAUCUGCUCUACUCCUACCUCCAGCACCACAGGUUGACUCCAAGAAACUGCCCUCUUCUGUCCAAUCAGGACGUGUUUGCGAGCCAUCCCUGGUUUGAGAUGCUCAUCAAAAUUCAAGAAAUCAUCACAGAUCUUUCAGACCCAGGGCUGUUGUUCCAGGCCAGUCUGACCAGUGCACAGGUGCUGUUACCGGGGAGUCCAGCUGCUCUCUGCUCUCUGCUCUUAGAGGGACACAGUCUGCUGGCUCUUUCUUCCAUCAUGUUCGCCCCCGGAGGAAUCGACCAGGUCCUGGUAGAAGGUGAGAGCUCAGGCCGCACUGAAAGGACAGUAGACCCUCAGCUCCUGAAGAUGGCGCUGUCUCCGUAUCCCAAACUGAAAGCAGCCCUGUUCCCGGCUGGACCCAGAGGAAAUAAUCCACCUCAGGAUGUCUCAGUCUACCACCUCCUGCAGUCGCUUCAUCCCCUGGAUCCAUCUAAACUUUUCAGCUGGCAGACAGCAAACACUCUCAACUCAACUGAGACCUCGGAGCUUCCUCAUUUCUCCAGUCCAGCUCUGGUCAGUCGUUUUGCUUUGGUGGAGAAUCUGGACUUCCUGUAUUUCCUGCGUCACGGCCGACCCUCUUUUGCCUACGCCACUUUCCUCCUGCAACAUCUCAAUGGCUGCAGCGACAUCAAACAGCUUCUGCAGCAGGCGUGGCAUCAGGUGUAUCGUUUGGGGGUCCAGUACUUCAGCUCUCCUUCUGUUACCGCGGCGACGGUCUGUUUCUGUGAGCUGUUGGGAUUGUGCAGCCUCCAGCUCAGAGUCGACCUCCGAGUCCUUAACUCUGUCCUGCAGCACUGGAGCCAAACUGACAUGCAAUCCCCUCCUACACAGCAUCUGCACACUCUGGUGUCUAAAGGUCUGAAGCUGGUGGAGGCAGAGCCAGGAGCAGCAGAGGAGCUGAUUGGUCACUUGGAGGCUGCUGUGUGUGACAGCCUGGAGCAGAAGGGAGUUGGGAGGUGUUCCUAUGAGGCUGCUCUGGAGUGGUCCGUGGCAGUUCAGUUCUGUCAGGUCCACGGGCUCCGGCUCAGCUCCGUGUUCCCGUCUCACUGCGCCAAAGAUGGACACUUCAUCCACUUCCUGCUCUUCGUCCAACUGCACAACUUCCCUCCACAACAGGUGCGGUCUCUGGUCUCUGAGUUCAGUCCCACUCUGCGCUCUCAUCUGAGCCUGGCCUUUCAGGACCUGCAGCUGUUCAGUCCAGGGAGCAGAAGAGCAGAGGAACAGCUGCAGGAGCUGUCAGCAGCAGAGGAGAGGGGGCUCGCUCUGAGGAGCUCAGAGCACCCAAAGGAGCUGUUCCAGGUCUUGCUGCGGAGCCAAAAUGAGACCUGUCCUUUUCGGUUUCUCCUGCAGGAGGCGCUUGUACAAAACUGCCCCACCCUGGCUGUGCUCGCCGCGUGUCAUCAGGGGGCGGAGCAUCUGUCCUGCCUGUGCGUGUGGGUCCUUACCUCUGUGGAUGAAGCUACAGCACGUGAAGCCACCUCUCACCUCAACGUCGCCCCCCAGCACCACGACUGGACACUGCACGACCUGUCAAUGAUCUGGAGGACACUGUUGGGGCGGGGACAAGUCGCUCCACUGCUCCGGGGCUUCCAGCUGUUUCAGAGGGAUUGUCCUCUGGUGUUGGUGCUGCGGAUGUUUGAGUUGUGUUGUGACUACAGAAACUUCACUGAGGCCAAAGCAAAACUGCUGGACUUUCAAAAGACCCUCGUUACUCUGAGGAGCAGUGGCCCAGCGCCCCCUGGUGGUAUGCCAUUACAGUGGGUGGAGAGUCAGGCCUCUGUUCUUCUGCUGACGAUGCUCCAGCGCUGCUCCUCUCAGUUUGACCUUCACAGACUACUGCAGCUGCUCGCAGACGUCAAGCUUCUCAAAUCCAAUGGUCCAGACUUCAGGAAGCUGAGCCAGUUGAGUCAGCUGUUGCAGGGCUCAGAUGUGUCCCUCUCUCCACGACUGCUGCAGUGCACAUCCCCCUCUGACCAGCAGGAGGAGCUACAGGCUAUAGUGGACGCUCUUCAUUCCAGGGGGCACUAUUCUCAGGCCAGACAGGUGUCCCAGCUCGCAGGGCUGCCUGUGCACAGACUGCUGCUCAGCCAGCUUGAACAGGAGGUGAACUCUCUUAGGCAGAAGCGCCAAUGGAAACGUUUGGAGACUCGAGUCAACUUCUGGAAGAAAAGUCACGACCAGCUUCAAACCGACAGCACUGACCCUGAAUCCGCCGCACAGUUCAUCCUCUCACAAACUUUGAACUUUGACCCCUCUGUGACCCCUCAGGAUGACCAAACUCAACUGUUAGAUAUCCAAGAAAAAUGUCUACUUAUUGGACUGGCUUCUCAUUGGUUAUCUCAAAUUCACCCUGUUCCUAUUUCAAGACUGGAGGAUCUGGAGAAGGAGUUAUGGCUGAACAAAGUCAGGCAAAAACUGUUGACAAAUGCCAUUGAGAAAGAGAGUGUUUUUAAUGUACCACAGACUGUCUCUUCUGAGCUGAACACAUAUGAAGCUCUCAUGAAGGAGUUCUCAUUCUCAAAUAUUCCGAGUCUAAACACAGUGGUGUAUCUUAGUCUGGAUGGGCUCCCUCAUGCAGACCCCUGUGGCGCCCCCUCCUGUCCCCCUGGGCUGAGCAAAGAGGAGUCUGACAUCCUGACUGCUCUGGUGGGGCAGUUACUGGACCAGGGCAGUAUCCAUGAGGCCAGCCGAGUUUGUAGAUACUUUGGUUUGUUUCAUGGCGAUGUGUGGCUGGUGCUCCGCUGCAGAGCUCUGGCCUCAGGAGACAUCAGCCCCGAGCAGACGGAGGAGAAGACGGAGACAGAGCCACGGGGCGGGAUGCCCAGCUCCACCUCCUUCAGCAGUCUCUCUUCGUUUGUGGUUUUUCCUCUUCCUGAAGACGAAGUUUCAGUUCAACUUCACAAACUCGUUAAUCAGAGUCGCCACGGCAACAACUACUGCAAACAAGUGCUCAGCCUCUACCAACUCUCGAAGGAGCUGCAGUGUUCAUUUGCUCAGGUCUGCAGUGAGGAGCCUCUGUGUGUCCUGGAGAAGCUGUUGGGUGGUGAGCAGCCGGAGCGCUUCAGGAGAGCUCAGGCCUUUAUCAGAGCUCAGGGACUGUCCUCUGAGGCUGUGGCUCAACUCGUGUCCACUGCUCUGGUAAACUCUCUGCUCACCUCUACUCAAGAGCUGCAGCCUGAGCGGCAGGUGUUCCGGCCGUCAGAGGGGAGGGACUCUCUGAUGCAGCUCCUCAAACUGUGUGAAGACCCAAACCUGGUGGGAACCAAGCUCCUGGAGCAUGUCACCUCUGUCCCACUCAGAGAUCUCAACUGCAUUGUGGAGCUCCUGAUCGUGGCUCAUGACUGCUUCAGCCUGACCUGUCACAUGGAGGGGAUCGUGCGUGUGCUGCAGGCAGCGCGACACCUCAGCCACUCUCACCUGGCAUCAGGAGAGCACUACGGGCUGCUGGUGCGUCUGUUGACAGGAAUCGGCCGCUACAAUGAAAUGACUUACAUCUUCGACCUGCUUCACCAGAACCACCGCUUUGAGAUGUUACUGAGGAAGAAGAUGGACACAGACAGAGGACAGAGCUCGAGCCUGAAGACGGCCUUGCUAGAUUACCUGAAGCGCUGUCUCCCGGGCGACAGUGAGAAGCACAACAUGGUGGCGCUGUGUUUCAGUAUGAGGCGAGAGAUCGGAGAGAACCACGAGAUGGCGGCUCGCACUCUGCUCAAGAUGAUCGAGAGCCAGGACUGGGUUGUGACUCCAGAUUUGAAGAGUUCAUUGGAGAAAGUUCAGGGUUUACUGAAGGAUGCUGCAGAAAGCUACGCUAAGGACUCGUGUGUUCGCCAGGCCACUCGCUGUGUCAAAAUGGCUAAACUUGUGGCUCUGCAGCUGCACUUCAUUAAACAGGGACCAGAUUUGAAAAUCAUCAACCUGAAGCCAGCAGAACUGCUCAGAGCGGCCAUAGCACUGCCACGAUGUUACCAGGUGUUUGUGCUGUCGGAGGCGUACAGCUACAGUCCGGACUGGGCAGAGGUCCUGUUCCAGAGGGUGGUCCUGAAGGGGGACUUUGUUUAUCUGGAGGAGUUCAAACGUCACAGACCCCUCUCCACCGCUCUGUUUGAGGAGAUCUUCAAAAAGUUGGACGGGGCUCCUAGUUCCUCCUCAGCCAAUGUAAAGAAGCUGCUGUCUCACUGUGAGGACGUGUACAGUCGAUAUAAACUGGCCUAUGAACAGAAGCUGUUUGAUAUCACUCAGGCUCUGCUCCAGGACAAGAGCACAGCGGGCUACCUGCACGACAGGAUGGCCAGAUGAACACUGUGACCCUCUGUAAUGUUACUGUUUCAAAUAAUGUACAAAAAUAAUGUCUUCUAAUCAAAUCUAAUAAAUGCA